AUGUUCGGAUUCCCACCUGGAUGUUCUCCGAGUUUCAUGUCAUCCUUGUUCAACGUUCGGAAAUGUGGAGAGGGAGCAGUGAAGAAGUUGCCCGCCAAUAAGGAGCCACCAGUAUCAACCAGGACCAGGCGGGCAACUAGCGUGCCGGCUGAGAAGUGCGCAGACACGGCAAGACGGGAGCGCGUCUCCCCACACCCUCCUCGUCAUAUAGAAAAUUACAUCUCACUAUUAUCAUCAGACGAGGAGGGCACGCAAUUCCAAUCCAGCGGCGUGGGGAGACUAAAGUUAACGAGAAAAAAGGCGACCGGACCACCCCCAACGAUAACAUCCAAUGAGGGGGUGGUCACGAGAUCCAGGCGGUCGACCAGCGCUCCCGUCGAGAAAAGUGCAAUGGAUGCACGCCUGCUAGCUCUGGACCGGCCAUCGUCCAGAGAGGCAGGCAACCCGACGUCGCCAAUCGCAGGGGGCCCAAUCAACAUCAUGGGCCAAUGGGAGAGGACGCCCCCUGCGAUGCUCCCCAGCCUGCCUCCGACCACCAGGGGCAGUUCAGCGGGGAGCCUAGGCGAGAUAUUAAUAUCUCUCUCGCCGGCGACGUCGCUACCGACUACACUCACCACGUGCACGGUGACGACGACCACCUGUGGAAGCCCAAUCACAUCCACCGGCUUUACAGGUGGCGUGGGGAGGCAAUUAACAUCUCCAACUUGCCUCCCCCAAAGGAACGUCCUCCCGACCAUCGGGGAGGAAAGAACGUCACCGUGCAUGACGGUCACAACACCACCAAUGGGCGGCUUCCAUACAUCCCCGCUCGUCCAACCAGGGCCAUCGACACCGGAGCCUGAGCGGGGAUUGGAGGAGCGGCGGCAGGAAGGCGCGGCGUCUAGGACACCAAUUACAGAGGGGGACAACCAAUGGGGUGGCCAGUGGACGGUCAGCGUGGGAAGAAGAGCGAAGAGGAGGCUGCAAGAGAACAAUAGAUCCCCCUCCAAUUCCGAGUCCCCGCCAACCGCUGGACCAUCGCGUUCGCCGCGCAUAGCCCCACUAUGUGCACUGAUAGCGGCGUCGACGAACCAUCACGACCAGAGCCUAAACGUCGAAAGAACAUACGACGAUAUCUGCCUAAGGAAGACUCCGCCCCGUAGUGAAUCGGCUGCGCUCAGCUGUAGCAGAGCACUACGCGAAUAG